AUGGAUGGAUUCUGUGCACCAAUUUCAGGCAAAAGAUUUAGUAAAAAAAGGAUUAAGCAAACGGCGGCGGGGAUAGUCGUCGACAAUGCUGCCGCCGCCGCCGCCGAUUCGUCGUACGAUGGAAUCAAAACCGUCGAUCUCGACUUGUCUGAUUCCACCUGCCAUCUCUGCAUUUGCAUAGUCACGUGGAACAUGAAUGGACAGGUGAGGUACGAAGAGUUAAAGAGGCUUGUGGGAAACGACAGAAAUUGCGACCUCCUCGUAAUCGGAUUGCAGGAGGUCCCGAGGACCCGCAACGUCCUGCAAAUGUUCGAGAAUGCCCUCCAUUCUUCUCACUUGCUAUUAGAAGAAGCAGUGAUGCAAUCUUUACACCUAUACAUGUUUGGAUCCAAGAAAUGCAGCAUCUAUGUCAAAGACAUCAAAGUAGACAAACAAGGAGUUGGAGGUUGCGGAGGACUAAUUGGGAGAAAAAAAGGAGCAGUGGCAAUCAAAAUCACCUACAAAGGCAUUCCCAUGAUCUUCAUCUCCUGCCAUCUUUCUGCACAUGGCCACAAAGUUGGAGAGAGGAAUUCAGAAUUCAGACAUUUAUCCCAAUCCUUAUUCGCCAAGAACUGGAAUCCCCAAGUCACUGUUUGGUUGGGAGAUCUCAAUUACAGGCUCCAAGGCAUCCAAACCUUUCCCGCCAGAAAUCUCAUUGGAAACAACCUUCAUCGUCUUCUGACUUGCAAAGACCAGCUCCUUCAAGAAGCCAAUAAGGGACAGGUCUUUAAUGGAUACUGCGAGGGCAACCUGUCCUUCAAACCCACUUAUAAAUACAACGUUGGCACCAGUGACUAUGAUACCAGCUACAAGGUAAGAGUGCCAGCGUGGACAGAUCGAAUACUGUAUAAAGUAGAAGACAAAGACGUAAUAAAUGCAAGUUUGCAUUUGUACGAAUCUCUAGACGCCAUUCAUGGCUCUGAUCAUAAGCCUGUCAAAGCUCAUCUUUGCUUAAAAUUCAACAAUAAUUCUUGUCUCAAAACCAGAUAA